CUGAGCUAUACAAAAGCUAUAUUACCCGUCAGAUUUUCUAAUCUUAGGUUUCUAGUUGCUUUUCUAUUUUUUUCCUGAGAUCCUCUUACCUUUUGGAUUGGUUUAAUAAAAUCUAGCAACAGACACAAAAGUUUUCAUCACAAUGCUUAGAACAGUUCGCUCCCUUCCCUCAUUGCGUCUGCUAUACCAGCAAGAGGCAGCAACACUCAAGGGCCAAGUUCAGGCUAAGUCAACAUAUUCUUAUACUUGUGGGGAAUUGUUUCAACCUUCAACAACAGCCAUUCGGAAUGUUCACCAAACAGCUAAAAAGGAAACUAUCUUGUUAGAUUCAUCUUCUGAAAAGUCAAGAUAUACCACAAUGAAUUUGCAAGGACUCAAAAUGGAGUGCAAAAAGAGAGGGCUGAAGGUAUCGGGGAGAAAGCUAGACCUCGUUCAAAGAUUAGUUUCUCAAGACCAGUUUGGCGCCGAGAAUUCGAGAUCGUUUACCAAUAUUAGCAGUAACAACGCAAGUUCACUGAGUCCUCCAAAUCCCAAAUUCUCUUUACUAGAUAAACAAAUCAAAGAAAGUAAAAUAGCUGAAGCUAUUAGGCGUCAGAAAAAGCAUGAUUUAAUGGACUCUCAUAAAAAAUUUAGUGACUCAAAGGAAGUCAGAAAAGCACCAUUAAAUAACUCUGCCUCAACCAAUGGUAGCAGCCAGGCACAGAGUGUUAAACACUCAGCAGAAAUGGCAAAAUUGGAUAAAACAGGAGUGCAAAAAAGUAAGGCCUCUGAGGAAGCCAGAUAUAAAGAGGAAAGAAAAAUGACUGACAACAAGCUCUCACUUGAUAAAACUAGCGAGAGAAAGAGUGCCCAAUUGAAAUUGCAAGCUCAGAAAAGAGAAGCCGAAAAGAAAGCCUCCGAAUUAAAGGCACAAGCAGACAGAAGAGCAGCAGAAGUGAGACUGCAAAGAGCAAGAGAAGCACAAGAGCUCAAGUUGCAGGCGGAGAAAAAGGCUGCCGAAAAGAGAGCCGUAGAGAUGCAACAGCAGAAACAAAGAGAAGCACAAGAGCUCAAGUUGCAGGCGGAGAAAAAGGCUGCGGAAAAGAGAGUAGAGAUGCAGCAGCAGAAACAAAGAGAAGCAGAAGAGCUUAAGCUUCAAGCAGAGAAAAAGGCUGCAGAAUUAAAGCAUAAGAUGAUGAAAGAGGCUGAGGAGCUCAAAUUACGUGAAGCAACCAAGAAAGCAGAUAUACAAACCAGAGAAAAGGUUGCCACAAUCACUGAGGCUAUCAAACAGUCCGUUAUCAAGCAAUCUACAAUCUCUCAAAUCUUAAAUAAAGCUCAUGAUCAGUCAAAGGUUGAUGUGGUUGCAAGCGCAAAACGUCAGUUACAAGACCGUGCAAAGUUGGUGCAACAAAAGCAGCAACAGCAACAACAACAACAACAAAAGGAACAGCGCAAGGAACAGAGUGACAAUCUCAAUUCUAGAGACGUUAAGUUCUUGACAGCCUUCGGCCUUUCGACCAUUGGUUGGUGGUCAUUAAAGGAGUCCUCUAUUUGAUUCUUCACCAGUUUUCAUAGCUUUCAUAUAUUCAUUUCGUGCCGGUUUUGUUUUUCCUUGACCUUUUCAUGGCUUUAAGUUUUUAGUUUUCAGGAUCAUUAAAAUCUGAACAAGACAAGUUUGUUCAUGUUUUUAUUGAAUGUUCCUAUUGUUGACAUGUUUUUAAAUCAG